AUGCAGUUCACCAACAUUCUCUUUGCUCUCCUCCCGGUGCUGGCCACCGCUGCCACCGCUGCCACCGCUGCCACCCCUACCACCGCUGCCCCCGUUACCAACGCUUCCACCCCUCCCAUCCCUGUUUCCGACGACUUGUGUCCCGCCGAACUCCGUACUACCUGCCCUCAGAGCAGUGAUGGCGUUCAGCGUUGCCUCAAGCUCAACGGUUCAGCUCUUUGUGUGAUUGACUGCCAGUCGACCUCUGUCUGCCGCACCCAGUGCCAGCUGCAGGGCCACAUCAACGGGUUCUGCACUAUCGGCAACAACCCUUGCAUCUGCAGUGACAUCGACGGCGGCUCCAACGCCUAA